CCUUGUGGACUGAUAGCCUUAGUACAAAUGCAGAUUCCAUGGUGAUGUGAAGCUUACAGCUUCUAUCUUAACUUGAACAGCUUGAAGAGAGAACAAGAUGGAAUCAUUCCAAAGCCAAAUGAAACACGGAUGCCAACAGGCCUCUUUGAAGAUAAUAAAUUCCAAUGGAGGGUGUUUCUACCGCCUGAGCAGUCUCUCCUUAUGUUUACUUUGGUCUAAAAACACAAUGGAACACUAAGUCAACCUUCAUUGCUGCAGGAUGAAUCGGAUGACUACAAUCUGGAAGCAAGCAGAAUAAUUGUGUCGUCUUCUUCAGUGGUGAUUUGCUUAGUGGGUGGAACAAUGCCAGAAGGACUAGCAGAAAUGCUUAUGGAUACAUGGGCUCCAUUGAUAAUAUUAUGGAUUACUGCAUUUCCAUCUAUAUACAUGGCUCCAAUCAAUCAUUCCCAAGUACUACCCAGUAGGUCCAGUAGAGGACUAAGUGAACUCAGUGAAGAACAAAGAGUGUUGAACCGUUCGAAGAGAGGCUGGGUAUGGAAUCAAAUGUUUGUCUUAGAAGAAUUUUCCGGACCUGAACCUAUAUUAGUUGGACGGCUACACACAGACAUGGAUCCAGGAGUCAGUAAGAUCAAGUACAUCUUGUCAGGUGAUGGCGCUGGGACUAUCUUCGUGAUCAAUGACAAGACAGGUGACAUCCAUGCUAUGAAAAGACUUGACCGGGAAGAAAAAGCAGAGUACACGUUGACUGCUCAAGCCGUCGAUAGGGAUACAAACAAACCACUUGAGCCUCCUUCGGAAUUCAUUAUUAAGGUCCAAGAUAUUAAUGACAACCCUCCAGAGUUUGUAGAUGGCCCAUAUCAUGCGACUGUUCCAGAAAUGUCUCUUGUAGGUACUUACGUUACUAAAGUGACAGCUACCGAUGCAGAUGAUCCUGUUUACGGAAAUAGUGCGAAGCUUGUCUACAGUAUUUUGGAAGGGCAACCUUAUUUUUCCGUUGAGCCACACACAGCCAUCAUCAAAACUGCUCUUUCAAACAUGGACCGGGAAGCCAAAGAGGAAUAUACCGUGGUCAUCCAAGCAAAGGAUAUGGGUGGACACAUGGGUGGACUCUCCGGAACCACCACAGUGACCAUUACCCUGACUGAUGUCAAUGACAAUGCUCCAAAGUUUGCACAAAGCAUGUUCAAGGCAAAGCAAUUAGAGCUCACAACCAAACAGGAAAUUGAAUCUAGCUAUAUUAGCCAUCAGGAGAGAUUAAUAGCAGCAGCAACUGAAUAUAGUUGCCAACAGAACUUUUAUGCUUUUCAUGAAAAUAAGAGUAAUAUAGGAGUUAUUAUCUUGGUCUGGGGUGAGAUUCAGCCCUUGGAUUUUGAGACCAAAAAUUCAUAUACGCUGAAGGUAGAAGCAAGUAAUGUCUAUAUUGAUCCACGUUUCAUCAGCAUGGGACCCUUUAAGGAUACGGCAACAUUAAAAAUUGUAGUGGAAGAUGCUGACGAACCCCCAAUCUUUUCAUCACCAACGUAUCUACUGGAAGUGCAUGAAAAUGCUGCUAUUAACUCCGUGAUUGGUCAGGUGACUGCCCACGAUCCAGAUGGAUCUUCAAGCUCUAUAAGGUUUUCCAUCGAUCGGAAUACUGACCUUGAAAGACAAUUCAACAUUAAUACUCAAGAUGGAAAGAUAACUUUGGCCACACCGCUGGACAGAGAAACUAGCACAUGGCAUAAUAUAACCAUUGUAGCAAUGGAAGAAA